GUUUUCUAGUCUUUUCUGCUUAGGGUGAAGGUCAUCUACUUGCGAGAGUUUCGAUUUCAUAUUGUAGAAAUCAUCUCAGAAUCAGCAUGGACAACAUAGAAGUACAAGUAGGUCAGCAAGUUCUUUUCUUGUGGAGCGGAGACCAGCCCUCAGAAACUAUGAAAGAUACUGUAAAUACAUUACUGCAAAUGGUUGGGGAGACUGGCAGAGUACAAGUUGAACAUGUGGACAGACUAAGCAUAUCCUCGCAUAAGGAUUCAACCUUUGACUUGGCAAUCUCUGGCUUUCUCACCCCUCACAAGAUAAACCACAGCACAGGACUUCUAGGGGAAGUCUGCCGCAUUUUAAAGCCUAGAGGGUCAUUGUACAUUCAAGAGAUAGCAACAGAAACAUCAGACGAUACCAGCUUGCAAUCUAAAGACAAACUAGCUUCACUGUUAAAGCUUUCUGGCUUUGUUGAAGUGAGCAAGCCAUCCCUUGUCAGCACAUCAGAAACAGCUUCCAACAUUUACAGGGUCCAUGGUAAAAAACCAAAUUAUGAAAUCGGCUCAUCUUCUCAGUUGAAACUUUCUUUUGCACACAAUGAGCCAGAUCCUGAAGUGGCCAAAGUGUGGAGUCUGUCUGCAAAUGACUUGUUAGAUGAAAACGUAGAACUUAUAGAUGAUGAUACUUUGCUUGAUGAAGAGGACUUGAAGAAGCCUGAUCCUUCAUCACUUAAAGCUGCAUGUGAAGACGGGCCAAAAAAGCGAAAGGCAUGCAAAAACUGCACUUGUGGCUUGGCAGAAGAACUGGAGCAGGAAAAGAUCCAAAAUACCCAGCCAAAGACAUCUGCAUGUGGAAAUUGCUACCUGGGGGAUGCAUUUAGGUGUUCAAGCUGCCCAUAUUUGGGAAUGCCAGCAUUUAAGCCUGGGGAAAAGAUCACCUUAAAUAAACAGCAACUCAAGGCAGAUAUUUGAAGACUGGACUUGGAUCAGUAGCAUCAUUUCCAAAGAAUCGACAUGGCUGUCUGUGUGCUAGAGAUACUACAUACAAUUUCCUGUCAACUAAAUGGCUAAGCAAAAGAAGUGUUAGUAAGCAUGGAUAUAAGAUAUUCAAAUGUAUUUCAUUUCAUUUUUAAUUCCCGCAAGUCCUGUUGUUCACCUGGAAGCGGAAUGGAAAAAGGUCAUUUUCUAUAAACUUGCCAGAGCACAAUGACAUGGUAAAGUAGGGGUUAACCGAGUCAUUUUAAUGACAGAAGAUGGGAAAAGGAAUCUUGCAGACAGAAAUCAUGCAGGACAUGACAGGGAGAAAAGUUGAAGGAUAUGUCAGUUGCCAUUGCCUUUUUGUUUUUCCUGAUUUUCUUAUUGGGUUGGUACUUUACAUUUUAAAGUAUUUGUUCCUCAUGACUUGUUCUAAAUAUAAACUGUUUCUUAUGAACCAACAUUCAUUACGUUAACUCAUUGCAGUUCAGUUGAUAGUUGAAAAACCACACAGUCCUGGCUGAUAAACACAAAAUUCCAAACUGCAAGAGUUAAGCUUACUUUGUGGGCUUUCUUUGUUAUUUGUUCUUGAUGGAAUGACAUUUUUUUUUUAUCCUUAAAGUAGAAAAUUGAAAGGUUAUUUUUCUUUCUUUUGGUUGUAAAGUCUUCAUAAAUGGUCAUCUCUUUUGGAAUAUCAGGGUGAAUAAAGUGAAAGGUGAAGUGUGCAGAGCAGGAUUGCCUUUGCAUUAUGUA